AUGGAGCAAGCAGCUUGUUUUCUCUUGCCCCAGAGGAUAGUACCUGAACCAGUGGCUUCAAGUUACAAGAAAGGAGAUUCCCUCAUUGCAGGGGGUUGGACAAAAAGACCUUGGCCUGCUCCCAACAGGUAAUGUUGCGGUGGGGGGCAUAGACAGCUUGGCCUUAUAGAGUCGGUGUCCCUGGCUGCCUUCAUUAUUCUCCCUUACUGCUGGAAUUUAGACUUCCAGCUUCUUGGGGCAGAGAUCUGUCUUCCUUUCACUCCUUUGUUUUGAGUAUAUUAAAGCGAAGUAAGGUUGGAGAACCUUUGGCUUUCAUCUCUGACCAUUGGCCAUGCUGCUGCUGGGAGUUAAUCCAUAUCAGGAAAGCCGUAUGCUUCCCAUUCCAAGUGCAAAGAGAUGUGCAUUGAUGUUUCCACCGAAAAUAACGAUAAAAGGAUGCCUCUCAGCUGGUUCUGGGGCCAUUUUUUUGGUUUCUGAUACCCAGUGUACCAACCUGGAUCAAACCACUGACCCAAUAGCCCCAUACAGCAAAAAGUCUAGUUAACUAUGCUAGGGAACAGACAAACUGCAGUCUGCAUUAAAUGUGUAGUCUGCUGUUGUGUAUUUUCUUCUUCUUAAGAUAGCAGGCGUGUGUGUUUGCGUUCGAUAAGGACAAGAAGCAACGGAGUGGGCAGGCGGGGUGAGUUAACUAGCACGCAGAGAAAGGGUUAAACCUUUGCACUCCCCAUUCCCAGUCCUACCCCUCCCAUCCCACUCCUGCCUUGGAAAUCAAAGGCAGCCUAGGGGAGAGACAGUGUGGUGUAGUGGUUAGAGGGCCAGACUAGGACCUGGGAGACCGGGGUUCAAAUUGCCAUUUGGCCAGUAUUAUUUAUUAAAUUUAUAUACCACCCUUAAUCCGAAGAUCACAGGAUGGUUUACAGUAUAUAAACACAAAAAUAUAUAGCAUAAUAAAACAAUAACACACACAUCCUAUACUUAGUUUUAAAAGCCAUAGAUUAAUUAGUCAAAGGCAUGGGUGAAGAAGACUGUUUUAACCUGGCGCCUAAAGAUAUGUAGUGAAGGUGCCAGUUGAGCCUCCCUGGGGAGAGCAUUCCACAAACAGGGAGCCACUGCAGAAAAGGCCCCGUUCUCAUGUUGCCGCUCUCCAGAUGAAGCUCACUUGGGCUAGUCACUGCCUCUCAGCCCAACCUAACUUGCAGGGUUGUUGUGGGAAUUAAAUGGGGAGGGGGAAAACCAUGUGCACUACCUUGAUCUCCUUGGAGGAAAAGGUGGGAUAUAAAUGCGAUAAAUUAUAUGCAGGGGUUUAGCCUCAAGUGCAUCCCCUCCAGGUAAGUCUGCAAAAGGGAAGAGAGGUGCUUCAUUCUCUCUCCAAAGAGCGUGGCAUCAGGUUGUGUGGGCAAUCUAGCUAGUUAAAAGGAAUGAAUCAUGAGUCACGGCAAAGCUUGCAGGCAUCCCCGCAGAGGGGAAAACAAAAGGGCUGGUUUCAUUUCAAGGUUUCCAAACCUGAUGUACCCUUGGUUAACAGAUUGUCCUCGGCAGAAUGUCAGAUUCAGUCAGUUGCAACAUUAAAGAACAAUAAUACUGCAUUGGCGCAUGUAUUUUGAUGUCCUUGUAGCUUGCUUUCCUGUGGUAUAUAUUCUCAAAACAUGAAAAUAAACACACACACACACACACACACACACACACACAGUAUACAAAUGCAUGAAUUGUAGGGCCACUCUCUUCUGUAGACCUGCAAGGUAAAGGUAAAGGUAAAGGUAAAGGGACCCCUGACCAUUAGGUCCAGUCGUGGCCGACUCUGGGGUUGCGGCACUCAUCUUGUUUUAUUGGCCGAGGGAGCCGGCAUAUAGCUUCCGGGUCAUGUGGCCAGCAUGACUAAGCCGCUUCUGGCGAACCAGAGCAGCGCACGGAAACGCCGUUUACCUUCCCGCCUGAGCGGUACCUAUUUAUCUACUUGCACUUUGACGUGCUUUCAAACUGCUAGGUUGGCAGGAGCAGGGACCGAGCAAUGGGAGCUCACCCCGUUGCAGGAUUUCGAACCACCGACCUUCUGAUUGGCAAGUCCUAGGCUCUGUGGUUUAACCCACAGCGCCACCCGCGUCCUGACCUGCUUGAUAGUCCAUCCCAUUGUUUGGGGGCGGCAGUCUAGCCUGAUCCAACUCCUUCUCCCUCUAUGGCUGUGUGCAUCCCAUAACAUUUAAAGCACAUUGCUUUCCCCAAAGCAGGGCUUCCCAAACUUGGGUCUCCGGCUGUUUUGGGACUACAGCUCCCAUCACCCUUAGCUAACAGGACCAGUGGUUGGGGAUGAUGGGAAUUGUAGUCCAAAAACAGCCAGAGACCAGUGUUUGGGAAACCCUGGCUCAAAGCAUCCUGGGAACCAUGGUUUGUUAAGGGAUCUGGGAACUGUAGUUCUGCGAAGGGCAAACUACAGUUCCCAGGCUUCUUAAAAGCCAUGUGCUUUUAAGUGAAUGGUGCAUGCACGGCCGGGCUGUCUCCUCUGCUGUGCUGCCUGUGGGUUUUUUUCUUUUCUUUCGCACCUUCUGGUCAGCAGCAUACACUGCUGUUCCCCUGCAGCCUUUGUCCUGGAGCCAAGGCAGACUUAAUUUAGCUCCCCUAAUCUUUCCUUCUCUGCCGCUAGCCAGUACCUUCCCUCUUUUUUUUUUUUUUUUUAAAAAGAAGUUUGUUCCUUUCCCUCAACUCCAACCAGCCCUUAUCUCCUCGCGGAAGACCAGGGAGGCCCAGAAGUACGGAUCCUGAGGGGUAGGUGUGAGGGGCUGCACGGGGCAGGUAGCGAAGCAAUUCCCCCACUCUUUAUUUCGGGAAAGGAGACAAGACGACCCCAAGGGCACUGCUGUUGUGCAGGGUGAGUUUCCUGCGAGGGUGAGCCUAUGGGUGGGAUAAUAUAACACCCUUGCAUGCCAAAGCCCAGCAGAAUGGGCACCUCUCUGGGGAGGAACAGGGACAGCUGUGUCAGGGGCUGUAAUGGAGCUGUCCCUGUUCCUCCCCAGAGAGGUGGUUGUGUUGGCUUUUUGGAAUGGGGUAUGUCAUACUCAGGGGGCGAGCGUUUUUCUCUGGUGUGUAGCAGUGCUUGGAAAGCCAGUUUUUUAAAAGAAACUGCAGUUGCCAGGAUUCUGUGGUGGUCGUUGUGGGGCAAGCAAUGUGUUUUUAACGUGCUUUAAAAAUAACGUCGUGAUUUUUCACAUUGAUGGAAUAUGCAGAAAUGGCAAGUUUAUCUCGUGAAAUCAGAAAUCAAGAUGAGGCAGAAUUCAAGGAGGGUUGGAGAAAGUUUGUAGAUUGUUUUUUUAAAAAACAACUAUUGUAAACAUGCUAAAACGCAAGUGGCUUUAGAGUAAAAACAGCAGUAAAAUACAGAUUUGAAAAUACUGUGGAAAAGGUAAGAUAUGGAAUAACUAGCCUGCAGCAUAAAUUAGAAAAAUAUGAUUGUACAUUGGCAAAUGUUGCUUCAACUUUCUCUUUGAAAUAUAUAAAUAAAAGCUUAUGAAAACAAAUAAAUGAAAUAAACCUUUGGUGUGGAUGUGACAUGCUCCCAUGAUGUCUAGCCUCACCCUGUGAAGGUGCAGCCGUCCUUUCUGCAUUUAAAGCAGCCUUGCAAAGAACCCUGGGAACUACAGUUCCCAGCGCCCUCGCUCAAUUAAAGUUGCCAGGAUUCUUUGUGGGGAGGGAAAGGGGCUUUAAGGGUACAGGCUUGUGUUCAACAUAGUGCUAAGAUUCUGCCAGCAAAAUGGUUACGUGAUGGAAUCUCCUCCCCCUCGCACCCCCCCAAAUGAAAAUGGUUGAAAAUGGCCCUGGUGGGCAUGCAGCCCCCAAGGAAAGGUCUGAUCCAGCUGAGGUACAGUCAGUGUUAACUGGAUCCACCAAUGGGUGCAAGGGGACUCUUCUCUCUCUGCCCCCUUUCCUCUGAAACUCAGUAUUGCAAUGCCGAGAUUUUCCAAGGCCUUUGGGUGCUUGAACCCGAAAUUCUCUGCAUCAUGCUCCCAUCAGGGCAAAUUAACAAUAAUGCAAUCGGCUUCAUUAAUGGCGACAGAUUGGCACAUGCAUCGGAUCUCCUGUUUUUGCAGCCCCUCUGGCCCAUCGGAUACUAGAGGGUGGCAAAGCUUGAGAGCAUGGCAGAAUGACCUACAUAAAUAUUGGGCUCCUGCAGAUCUGUUUCUUGAGCAUUUAUGUGGAUUUGCUUGCGCACAGCUUACACAGAGGUUAAGCAAUAUCUAGCUUUAAUUUUUAAUGUAUAUCUUAUUGGUUUUAUACUCCACCUUUUCUCCGAGGAGCUCAGGGUGGUGUGCAUGGUUUUCUCCCUUCCCCAUUUUUAACUUCACAACAACCCUGUGAGGUUGUUUAGGUUGGGAGACUGUGGCUGGCCCCAGGUCACCUAGUGAGUGUCAGGUCUGCCUGGGGAUUUGAACCCUGGUCUCCCUGUCGCUUUCCUAACCACAAAAACGGUUUGUUGUCCGCCCUGCUCCACCUAGGAUUUGUAGUUGCAGAACAACAGCUAGGCACUUUUACCCAUUGGAAUUCUGCAAGCCUAAAUUUCUUUCUGUGCCCGAAUCCCUCCCGCAAAAUACAGGCAGCCUGGAGGCGACAGAUGUAUUGUCCCCAUAAAAAAGGCAAAGGGACCCUUGACCAUUAGGUCCAGUCGCAAACGAUUCUGGGGUUGCAGCGCUCAUCUUGCUUUACUGGCCGAGGGAGCCGACGUUUGUCCACAGACAGUUUUUUCUGGGUCAUGUGGCCAGCAUGGCUAAGCAGCUUCUGGCUAACCAGAGCAGCGCACGGAAACGCCGUUUACCUUCCCGCUGGAGCGGUACCUAUUUAUCUACUUGCACUUUGACUUGCUUUCAAACUGCUAGGUUGGCAGGAGCUGGGACCAAACAACGGGAGCUCACCCCGUCGCAGGGAUUCGAACCGCCAACCUUCCGAUCGGCAAGCCCUAGGCUCAGUGGUUUAGACCACAGCUCCACCCGCGUCCCUAUUGCCCCCAUAGUGGGGUUCAAAAUUGGCUGCCAGAGGCAUACUGUUUCUCCUGUUGCCCAGUAGCAUUGCUAGCCCGGCUGGAGGCAACCCCAGCCGCCAACUUGCUUUCUUCCAGGAAUGUGCUCCCUGCUGGGGUGCAGUUACUGAGCAGCAGGGAAAGGCAGGCGGGUGUUGCUCUGCAGCUACAGCAACAAACAAUAGGGUGUGUAUGUGUGGGAAAUUAAGGCUACAAGGAACCGACAAAAGAACAUUCAGGCAGCUCUAAACCUGGCCGUCCCUGGAUUGUCCAGCCAGUCUAACCGUCUGCAUCCCCCCGUUUCAAUCUCCCCAGCAUGCAGAGAAGCUUUUGUACGCUUGUCCAAUGGAUCUCAAAAUUACGAGCUGCCUGGGCAGGCCCAAACGUCUCCUGCACAUUCCACAAGGCUUUGGCGACACUCUGCUCCCUGCCAGAGCCUGGCUUCCACAUUUUUGGUCUUGUGCCGUGGUUGUGAGGUCCCCAGCGUCGUCCUAGCAGAGGAGGAGGUCCCCCGCUUCUUUGCAGCCCCUCCCACACUCAUUGAUUGACAGGUGGUUGACAGGUCCCUGCUCCUACCCGCAACACCUCUCUCAGUCGAUGCCGGCAUCAUUGCCUAGCUGCAAAUCUGGCUAAUACAAGAAGGAAGUGUUAUAGCUCGGUGGCAGAGCAAGUGCAAACACGUGGCACUGUAGCUUGAAAACCCAUUUUUUGAGAGCAAAGUGGUACCUAACGUUUAGAGCAGCUCCAAAUGUGUGAGCUGGGGUGUUCUUUGUUGCACUGAGAAAUCUCUUGGCUGACGUUUGCAGUUGAAAGCGUGGCCUUUCUGGCAGAGAGUGAGCCAAGGCAUGGGAGUGUUCCUAUUCCCCUUUCCUGCUCGGUUAGUGAUAGCAGCAGCCAAACAUGCAAGCCAGAAGGAUGUUUGUGGAAAGGAUCUGUUUGUCUGAGCACUAUGGGGCUGGGGUAGGAAGUGAGGAAGCAGGGGCCGGCCUUCCAGCAUUAGUCCGAUGGUGGUGGUUGUUUUUGAACCAUUGCCUAGCAGCGAAGUCACGUGAUGAGUGUCGACGCAAAUUGAGCCAAAUGGGACCCCUGAGGAACGGGUGGGUGAGAGGGGUACAGAAUGGAGUACAGUUACGCUUCAGGUUACAUAUGUUUCAGGUUACAGACUCCGCUAACCCAGAAAUAGUACCUCAGGUUAAGAACUUUGCUUCAGGAUGAGAACAGAAAUCACACAGCGGCGGCACAGCAGCAGCAGGAGGCCCCAUUAGCUGAAGUGGUGCUUCAGGUUAAGAACAGUUUCAGGUUAAGAACAGGCCUCCAGAAUGAAUUAAGUACUUAACCUGAGGUACCACUGUAUCCUGGAGCAGGGCUGAGCAGGUCGGAGGCCUGAUAUAUACUGCAGCAUUUUAUUGCAAGCCUCAGUUGUUUUCCGUAAGUGCCUCCUCGGCCAUUGGAGGCCAUGGGCACUUGCAAACAGAGACUCUGAAUUUUAGCUGAAUUCUCCCUCUUUCUUGUUAAAUGCACUUUGAUCCGCAUGUUCUGGUUAAGAGCACGACGGGACCUUUCUCUGCCGGAAGGUUGCGAGCUUAAUUGCCUGCCAGGGCAGGCAGAAGGGAAACCCUGAAACGUCCCUGAGCGCCCUAGAGACAGGUUAUCAUUUGCAAACAUUGCAAAGCAGUUUUCAGUGGCUGCAAAAAAGCCUAUUGCCAUAGUUACAGGCCUUUGCCCUCGCUUCCACAGGGCCACUGAGGCCAUUUCAGGAUGUGAAAUAAUGGGUCCAGCCCCAGCUGUUUGAGGAACCAUUUCCUCUCCUCUCCCAGUCCGUUUCCCUUUCCACCUGGCUGAUCUGAACCCCCCCCCCAAACCGCCCCUCUCCCCACAGCCGUCUUGCUGACACUUCUCAGCCAUCUUUGUUUCCUGCUUGCGUUUUGAGGGACAUUCUCUAAUUCUGGAACAUUUCUCAGCAAAGCUCUAUUUUUAACCGUACCCCCCUGGCUCCCGGUGGACUAGCUGUUUACUUUUCCGUCCUUAAGAGUAGCCGACUUUGCGUUCUCUCAGGGUUCCUGCUUGUUCAGUAGGAACUCCCCAACAGGCUGCGAUCUUUCUUCAGGGCAAUGCCGAGCGAUGUGGGAAACAUUACCUGUUGAAUUUCUGCUGGUUGCCUCAGAUUGGUGCGUCCGUUGACAGCGCAGGAGCCCUCUCAAGAGGGAAAGGCAGCAACCUUGCUGGGAGAAAAAGGUGGAGGAGGUAGAAGAAAGGAGGAAUGAAGAGGGGAAAUGUUAUGUACUGAAGUUCUCACCCUGGGCCAGCAGGGAGAUAUUGUAGAUAGUUUUCACUCAGGUCCACAUAUGCAAAUAAGGGAUUGAAAGUGACAUUCAGUGAUUGGAUAGUUACAGAAAAUGGUUACUGUUGCGUUCUAGUGGAGCUCUAUAUAAGCAGGCUGGCUGAACCCUUCAGUUCAGUUCUGGCCUGGCCUGUGAAUAAACAAGAGCUGUUUGAAGAAUCGCUGUGUCAUCUGAUAUGUUCACCCACAACUUAACAGGAAAUGCCCUGAAGAAGAAGAACAUGUCUGAAAAGGUGGAAUUUGCAGCUCAUGGCAGCUGUUUUUGGUGGAAAACAGGAUAGGGGAGAAAGGUUUAGCCCUAAUAGGGUUCUCUUUGCAUGCUGGGGCUAAGUACAGUGGUACCUUGGGUUAAGAACUUAAUUCGUUCCGGAGGUCCAUUCUUAACUUGAAACUGUUCUUAACCUGAGGUACCACUUUAGCUAAUGGGGCCUCCCACUGCCGCCAUGCCGCAGCCACUCAAUUUCUGUUCUCAUCCUGAAGCAAAGUUCUUAACCUGAGGUACUAUUUCUGGGUUAAUGGAGUCUGUAACCUGAAGUGUCUGUAACCUGAGGUACCACAGUACACUUUUUAGAAAGUGUGCUUAACACAAUGUGUAGUUGGACCCCAUAGUAGGGAACCUGAGGGCUGAAUGCAACCUUCCAGGACUCUCUGUGUGGUCCUCAGCUCUCUCUCCAGGCCACACCCCCUUUCACCAGGCCACACCCCUUUCCCUCCAGGCUGCACACCUCACCAGCCUUGCUUUGUGCUCUUCCUGGGAGUUUUUGCCUUGCUGGAAUGCGUCCUUGAAUUCUAACGAUUCUCGCUUGCCUGAAUGGUGGGCAGAUCUAACCACAGAAUCAUAGAAUUGGAAGGGACUCCAAGAGUCAUCUAGUCCAACCCUUGCAAUGCAGGAAUCUCAGCUAAAGCAGAUUACAUCCUGCACAUUGCUCAAGCCAGGAAUCUGACUAUUCGUUGCUUUUAUAUCUUCUCAGAACAGUCAUGGAGUUGUGGUUCCUUCUGCCUCUGUGUGGGAUCUUGAUAGGAUCUGCAGUAGCAGGUAAGCUUGUGGAGGGGCAGGGAGGAGAAGGGGGAGAAACACCUGAGAACGUCCGCUGACAUUUGGGCAUUUUGUACUCUGCGCAAAAAGAAAAUCCAGUUCAAAUAUAUACUGCACCUUAUAGUCAAAAAGGAUCUUGUUGAGCCAAGGUGGUGUAGUGGUUAGAAUCUCGGACUAAGACCAGGGAGACCUGGGUUCAAAUCCACACUCACUGGGUGACCUUGGUCUAGUCCAUGGGUAAGCAAACUAAGGCCCGGGGGCCGGAUCCGGCCCAAUCGCCUUCUAAAUCCGGCCCGUGGACGGUCCGGGAAUCAGCGUGUUUUUACAUGAGUAGAAUGUGUCCUUUUAUUUAAAAUGCAUCUCUGGGUUAUUUGUGGGGCAUAGGAAUUUGUUCAUUUCCCCCCCAAAAUAUAGUCCGGUCCCCCACAAGGUCUGAGGGACAGUGGAAAAAAUUUGCUGACCCCUCGUCUAGUCACUGCCUCUUAGCCUACUUUACAGGAUUGUUGUGGGGAUUAAAUGGGGAAGGGGAAAACCAUAUACACUACCUCAAACCUCUUGUGGGGGGCAGGGGCAGCAGACGGUAGGAUAAAAAUAUAAUAAAUCAAAUAAAUAAACCUGAACUUGCCAGUAUUUGCUUGAAUGUCACCCCAAAAUAGCAGGUGUCUGAAAGUGCCACUUAUAUAUCCAGGCCUUUUCGGUGUUGUUUUUGUUGUUAUUUCUUAAUUUAUAUGCCGCUUAGUUGCCAGGUGGGAUAGGAAAUGCAAUUUAAAGAGGAGGAAAGGUGGGAUAUGAAUAAAAAUAAAUAAUAAAAAUAAUUCCCCCCCCCCCAUUGGGUUUAUCAAGAUCAUGGGAAGUUAUUAUAACGCUAAAUAGUUCAGUAUAAAGUGAUUGAUUAAUGGGGGCAGGGCAGGGACGAUUGAAGGAUAACUGUAUUAUUAAUCUCCUCUAUAUAUGUGUGUGUGUGUUUGCCUCUUUCAGAACCACCACAGCCCAAGGACAUUCCACACGACCCAUUCAAUUAUGGUGAGCCAGUUGUUACUACCUGGGGUCAGGGGAUAGAUGGCAAGGGCAGAGACCCCCCUAAAAGACUUUUGGAAACAAAAAACGUCUUGUCCAAUCUCCUCGUUUUUGAACUUAAAGAAACUAUAACUUUAAAAGAGGUGUGGAUGACUCUGACUUGGAGCGCAGCACUGAUGCAAAGGAGAGAUUUUUUUGUGUUUUUUAACCUUCCGUCACCACCUGUGGAGGCUAUUUUCCUCAGCCUAUGUCUCCCUUGCUCCCCACAGUGGAGACCCAUCCAUUCAAGCAAAUGGGGCACUGCUGCACCAAGAUCAGUCUGUCCCCAGCCAGCCCUCACAUGUCUGCCUACCUCUUCACUGACAUGAGGUGGCUGUGGCUGUCAGCUUCCUAUUCCUUAGUCUCAGUGCUGGCCUUCUAGGACUCAACAGGCAGGAGGAAACCUGUGCCACAUUUACACCGUGCCUUAAAGGUACUGUGAUACCGCUUUAAACAGUUGUCUCUCUCCCCGCUCCCCAAGAACCCUGGGAGCUGUUGUUCUGAGAGUUCUUAGAAGACCCCUAUUCCCCUCACGGUUUCACAGUCAAUCCCUCUCCAUAGGGAACUGUGGGAAUUGAAGCUCUGCGAGGAGAAUGGGGCCUCCUUUCCUUAGUUGGCAUUUGCUGUCAUUGGCUUGGGGACACGGGUGGCGCUGUGGUCUAAAUCACGUCAAAGUGCAAGUAGAUAAAUAGGUACCGCUCCGGUGGGAAGGUAAACGGCGUUUCCGGGCGCUCCUCUGGUUCACCAGAAGCGGCUUAGUCAUGCUGGCCAUAUGACCGGGAAGCUGUCUGUGGACAAACGCCAGCUCCCUCGGCCUAUAGAGCAAGAUGAGCACCGCAACCCCAGAGCCGUCCGCGACUGAACCUAACGGUCAGGGGUACCUUUACCUUGGGAGCUCCGCCUACGGUUUGGGCUACCAGAAUUUUGCCCUACUCAUCCCAAUGGGCACCAGCUGCUACUGAUCCAGAAAACCCCACCAGGUUGGGGAACACUGAUGCAAAGCAUCACAAGAGCGUCCCCUCAUUCCAAGUCGGGGAUAUGUUCCCAGCUGGAAAUGACCACUUCUUCCUUCUCCUUCCUUCUCAGAUUACCACUCGCUGAGAAUUGGGGGGCUGAUUUUUGCUGUCGUCCUGUUUCUGCUUGGCAUUCUUAUUGUGCUCAGUGAGUAGAUUCUCUCCCUCUCCCCCCACCCCCCAAGCUGAGCCAUGGCACCUGCUGAAUUUCCCCAACAUUGCGACUGUAAUGAAAUGCAGCCUCAGAAGCUGCAGGCAUGAGGAGGAAGGGCUCCUUUCACACUCCUGUUUAGUGGAGGGCUGGUUGCUCAGGGUGAAAGGGACACUUCCCCACCAACUCUCAGCCUGCCCUCUGCCAGACCCAGCCUUGCUUUCUUACUUACAUCCAGCAUACAUGGUAUUAAUGGCUAUCCUUGUCCUCAAUCUCAGUGUCAUAGAAGUCAUCAGGGAGGCAGAUGUGGACAAAACUAGAAUUAGCAUGCUCUGGCCCCACCUACUGUUGACCUCCCUGCCUCCUGCCUCGCCAGUUCCAAAUAGGAACCAGCCACCACUGUCCAGUUGUUAUUUUUUCUCCUCUUAAGGCCCACACAGUGGGGCUCAGUUGCACACUCUGUCUCACACACCGGAUACUUGUACCUUUUCUCUCGAGGAGUGAAAAGCAGCUGGUGGGGGCGGGGUAGGAGGGGGAAACUACUGAAGGGAAAUGGAUCAAGGAGCCCAUGUGGACGUAUGGCUCAGUCAGUAGAGCAUGAGACUCUUAAUAUCAGGGUUGUGGGUUCGAGGCUCACAUUGGGAAAAAAUAAAAAUAAAAAUCCCGCAUUGCAGGUGGUUGGACUUGAUGACCUUUGUGGUCCCCUCCAACUCUAGAAUUCUAUGAUUUUAUAUAAGAAGCUGUCUUUUACAGAGUCAGGCAUUUGUCCUGCCUUGUCCACGAUUGCUUCCUCUGACUGGAAGUGGCUCUACAGGGACCCCAGCAGAUGUCUUUCCCAUCGCUCACAUCCCUGGAGACACCGGGGAUUGAAUUUGGGGCCUUCCACAGGCAAAGUUACGUGCUCUGCCAUAACUUUCUACUGCCACCUUCUGGUGGUCUUCUGCAGCACGUUAACAGCACAUGCAGCUCCUAAGUGUCACCAGGCUUGUAGAUAAAUUGGAGCUUCUGAGAUACAGGAGGGUGUGUGGGCAUACUUGGGGGAACCUUGAGGUUUGCAAAAGGAAAACACAUCAAGGGAAAACCCGAAGGGGAGGAAUCUUCUCCAACCAAAAGAGCAACCCAAUGAAAGCUGCUUGUGUCCUCAGAAUGCCAUUGAGAAGAUGUUUGGAAUGGAGUUUUCGGGAGGAGGGCAUGGCUGGCUGGAACCCCAAGCAGCCGCACUCUGUGCAACAUUUUGUUGCAGGUCUCACUUGUAGUCUCUGAGCCCCAUGUGGACCUCAGACUGUUGAUCUAUUUAGCUCAAGACUGGCUGGCUUCAGUGCUCUUAAGUUUAGCCUUUCCCAUCCUGUCUUUAGAUAUUUUGUGGAUUGGAGUUGGGACUGUCUCUAUGCAUUCUGCCACUGACCUGUGGGCUCCCUCUAAUGUAAGAUUACCAGAUUUUUUUCAAUGAAUCUGGGGACACUUAUCAACUUCAAUGGAUUUUGUAUGGGGACUGAUGUGUAAAUCCCAGGACUGUCCCGGGGAAACGGGGAUGUCUGGUAACCUUAAAUUAGAGUGAGCUGCUUUCUCUUCCAACCACUGGGCAACACUCCCUUCCCAAAGAAUGCUGGCAAUCCCAGAGUCUUUGCUUCUCGUCUGUCCCCGUACUGAUUUUCUUUCACUGUUUGGGAUUUCUGUCUCUCUUUCCCAGGUCGACGUUGUCGCUGCAAGUUCAACCAGCAACAGAGGUAAUGCCUUUCUCCUGAAAAGCUUAAAUGGGUGACCUAGGAUGGAGGGGCUAUUAUAUAUGGCAGAUGCAGACAGGUGACCUAGCAAGGAGAGAAAAAAGUAGCACACUCAAAUUAUGAGUCUUGGAGAAUGUGACAUUAUAACCUGAACAGGACAACAGCGCCCUCUAGAGCAUCUGUGAUCAGACCAUUCCUCCGGAAGUCUGCAACAAACUGAUAUCCUGUCUUCUAUUCUUCAGUCUGCAUUCUGAGGUUGAUAAUCAUUUAUUGCAGUACCUCAUCUAAUCAAAAACAGCUAAGCCUUCUUAUAAUAUAAGUUUUAAUGAAUCAUCAAGGAGGUGGAAUCAACCUCUAAAGAAAUUCUGAUUGGCAAAAUAUACUUUAUCUCAUGUGCCAGUAGUCUGUUACACAAAUAGGCCCAAAACCGAUCUGCCUCUGUGAACAAACAGGCUUUGCGCUCUGUCUUUGUCUUCUUGGAACCAUCCAAUCAGGAGGCCAAAGAUAUUCUCUUGUUCAGAAAUUCUCUUCUAUAAGGAACUCUGGACAUGCUCUGAAAUUCAAGACUUUGCUUAAGCAGGUAAAAUGUAACUAGGUCAGGCUGAUUUUUCUUUUUCUUUGCAAGUCUUGUGUAUGAUUUUGUUGCCUUCCCUUUAUUUAAUAUUAUUUAAAAUAUUUGUAUACCACUUCUCAUUAAAACAAUACCAAGGUGUACAGUAAAACAGUUUGGUACAAAACAACCAGAAGUACAAUCGGAAAAAGAUCUUCCCACACACCCUUUCCUCCAGAUAAAAACUAUUUACACUUGGACAUUUGGCUUCACUCAUUUCCAAAAGCUUCCCCAUGUGCUAAGACUGCACAGUUGUUAAGCUGCCUCCUUUGUUUUCUUAAGGAGCUUUCACAAGAUUUUGUUUAUUUAUUUCUUUAUAUAUAUAUUUAUAGCCGGCACUUUCAUAAAAACAUAUCCAGGUGGUAUGCAACAUAUAAGGAUAAAAUCAGCCAGAAGCAUCCAUAAAUACAUCAGUAAAACAUAGUGAUUGCUUAAAAAGAGAUGGUUCGUGACAAUAUAGUUUUCAAAAGACAUCUUAAAGAAGGAAGGGAUGGUACCUGCCGAACUGUAGUGGCAGGGAGUUCCGCAGGGCAGAGCGUGCCCCACUCAAGGCUCAGUCCCUAGUUUAGAACAACCCAGCCUUAGGAGCAUUGGGAACCAGCCAGAAGUCAUCCAUCAGACAGUCUCAGUGAUUGAGGUGGACCAUAAGGAAUCAGGCAGUCCUUAAGGUAUUUGGACCUUAAGUUGUUUAGGGCUUUAUGAAUGAACACAAGUAAUUUGAAUCUGGCCUGGUAGCAGAGAGCAAAUUGUUAAACUUGGGGCUUUGGAAAAGUAAAUACAAAGCUUCUCCCUCCCCACCAGAGGCGUAGGGUGGGUUGCCAGCACUCCGGGCUACCUGGAGGAGCAAGGGUGAGAAGGAGGGAAACAGACAGAGACAGAGAACGCAUGUACAUUCAGCUGCCUAACAGCAUCUGCAGCACCCAAGAGAUUGCAGCUGUAGAGAUAAGAAAAGAAGAGUUGUUCCAUUGCCCUAAGAAGUUCUCAUGGAGAGGCCGUUUUCAACAGAGCCCAGCAACGGAAUCGCGCAACUGUAUUGAGACAGCACCAGGUGUUGAGAUUUGGCGGCCUUAACAAUUUUGCGCCCGGGGCAAUUACCCCUGUAGCCCUCCCCAAGCUACGCCACCGCUCCCUGCUCCCCCACCACAAUAGUUGGGUUGGAAGGAGGGGUCCUUGGCAGUAGGGGUCAGACCACCAGCCCUCCAAACAGCAGAGCAGAGCCUGUCACAAUGCACAACACGGGUAGUCAACCCUUUUGGGCCCAUGGAAAUGUGAAUAAAUCCAUAGUUGGUAUGGCUCAUUAGCUCGCAUCACCUUAAUUAACCAUUUCUGUUGGUGCCCUGAGUAGUUAUUUUGUCUGUCAACAGGAGGAGCUAUUGCUUUGCUCUUGUACAAAACACCAUGGUUUUUAAAAUACAGAAAUUGCUGCAGGAUAUGAAGAGAGCAAGGCAUUUUUGUUAAGCGCAGCAUGACAAAUAUUUUUUUCUAUUUACAGGACGGGUGAACCUGACGAGGAGGAGGGGCCCCUGCGCAGCUCGAUUCGGCGUAAGAUCCAGCCUACUUUAGUCAUCCUUCACUUCCCCUUCUGCGCCCUUCUUUUCCUCAUGCUUGAGGACUAGAAACUUUAAAAAGAAAACCAAGGAGCUGAACCUUGUGCCUACCUCAGAUUUAUUCGUUUCGUUAAAAACUUUUUAUCUGUUUAUUCUGUAAAAAUUAUACACUGCUUGAUUGCAAAAACAAAACAAAAGCUUAUACAGUCAUACCUCGGGUUAAAUACGCUUCGAGUUGAGCGCGUUCGAGUUGCGUCCCGUGGCAACCCGGAAGUAAUGGAGUGCGUUAGUUCUGGGUUUCGCCGCUUGCGCAUGCACAGACGCUCAAAAUGACGUCACGCGCAUGCGCAGAAGCAGCGAAAAGUGGUGUGUGCGUGUGCAGACGUGCUGUCGCUAGUUAGGUUUACCUCUAGAUGCGAACGGGGCUCCGGAACAGCUCCCGUUCGUAUCUAGAGGUACCACUGUAUAUAUAUGAAGGGGUCGGCAGAAGGUAGAUUGGGAUCUGCUGUUAGGAUUUCUAAGUGCAUUGGAAUAGAUUGGCAAGGACUCCUGGCUCAGGUGUUUAACAAUAGCAACCAGGAUAUGACUUUUCCCACCUUAAUUGAGCUGCUGAAAAAAAGAAAGUGAGUGGACAUUUGUUUGGUAGGACUGCACGUUCAACUUGCGUCCCAUCUACACCACACGUUUAAAGCAGUAUCAUGCCACUUUAAACACCUAUAGCCUCCCUCAAAGAAUCCUGGGAGCUGUAGUUUGUUAAGGGUGCUGAGGGCUGUUGUUGUUGUUUAGUCGUUUAGUCGUGUCCGAUUCUUCGUGACCCCAUGGACAAGAGCACAGUGGCGUAGCGUGGGGGGUGCAGGGGGGGCCGGCCGCACCAGGCACAACAUCUGGGGGGGGGGGCGCGCUCGCACUCGCAGCUCUCUGCCCCUACCUGGCUCACUCACUCUCUCUCACUGCAGUGCUGGCUGUGCGAAUCUGAUCCGAGCCACUGGGUCGCCGCCCACUGUGGAGGGGGGGGGGUGCCCGGCGUGCGGUGCGGAGAGAGAGCGAGGGACUAUCUGGGGGGAGGGACAGUGCAGCGGCCGCCCAGCGCAGCGCUGAGCGCGGGAGAGAACCACACCAGACCAGACCAGGCAGCAGCAAGAAGAAGCUGGCAGCGGUGGCAGGUUAGGGGUUAGGGGGCGCAAAUUACUUGCCUUGCCCCGGGUUAGGGGGCGCAAAUUACUUGCCUUGCCCCGGGUGCUGACAACCCACGCUACGCCGCUGCAAGAGCACGCCAGGCACUCCUGUCUUCCACUGCUGGUAGCUUCGAGAACACUGUCCAGCCAUCUCUUCCUCUGUCGUCCCCUUCUCCUUGUGCCCUCAAUCUUUCCCAAAAUCAGGGUCUUUUCCAGGGAGUCUUCUCUUCUCAUGAGGUGGCCAAAGUAUUGGAGCUUCAGCUUCACGUUCUGUCCUUCCAGUGAGCACUCAGGGCUGAUUUCCUUAAGAAUGGAGAGGUUUGAUCUUCUUGCAGUCCAUGGGACUCUCAAGAGUCUCCUCCAACACCAUAAUUCAAAAGCAUCAAUUCUUCAACGAUCAGCCUUCUUUAUGGUCCAGCUCUCACUUCCAUACAUCACUACUGGGAAAACCAUAGCUUUAACUAUACAGACCUUUGUUGGCAAGGUGAGGGCUGUUAGGAGACCCCUAUUCCCCUCACAGAGCAGCAGUUCCCAGAGUGGAUUAACAAUCAAUUCUUCUUUCCAGGGAAUUUUGGGAAUUGUACCUCUUUGAUAGGAUCCAGCCAGGCAAAAAACCUUGAGGCACAAAGAAAGGCCUGUGAAGAGGCUGUGGCCUGAGGAGGGCCAGACUGAGAUGUCUGGAGGGCCUCAUUCCAUCCCCAGGCCUCAGGUUCCCCACUCCUCUGCUAGAUCCUGUGCUGUGGGGCGAAAUGUGUUUUGGGACUGCUUUGAUUUGUCAUGUAACAGGACACACUGCUGGGGCAAACUGUUCCUGCCUGGGGUGGAUUAGGGAAAAAAGAAGGAAAGAAAGCUUAAAGCCUUUUAGGGAAACAACCGUUUUUUAAAAACUGUCUCUUUCUGACUCUCCUUGCUAGGUUUAUCCACAAGGAUGAGAUAG